CUCCCCUUUCCGCAGCAGCGGUGACAGGGAAACGGGCGCGCAGACUUGUGCGAGGAGGGAGCGGGGAGAGCAGGGUGCUGGGCAGCCCCGGCGCACGGGGUUCGGCCGCGCCGGAGAGCCCCGUGUGCGAGAGGCAGGGCCCGGUCUGAGCCUGCCGCCUGGCCACCAUACGCCUUCCCUGCCAGCGUGAGGCGGCUGUAAUAGCCCGUCUAACAGCCCCCCCGGGGAAUCCCUCUGAUGCAAGGGGAGUCCCCGGCAGCUGUGGGCCGGGGUAGCUGAGCUGGCUCCCUGCCAUCCCCCGCCGAGCCGGGCUGGGAAGUGCGGGGAGAGGGAGGUGUGGCUGCCGGGGCCCCUCAGCCAUUGCCGGCUACGGGGAUUGCCUCUCCGCGGCUGACAGCAGCCGGGCUCCGGCGGGCAGCGGCCGGGGCUCCCCGGGAGCAGCGCGGGGCCGGGGCACGGCUGCGCGGCCCCGCCGCCGCUCGGGCCGGGACGGCACUUCCACUCCGGCCAUUUUCCUCGGGCGGCAGGCGGUGGCGACCAGCGAGCCCCGACGCCGCCCGCCCGCCCGGGGACGCGGCGCAGGAGCUGCCGGCCAGGGCAGCCGCGCAGGCCGCUGCCGCUCGAGCCGGGACGCCCCACCAUCCCCAGGCGCGGAGACGCGGGGCGGCCGCGGCGAAGCGGAGGCGGCCGCUGCCGGGGGGAACCUCGGCCGCCGGAGCCCGCCCGCCUGCUCCGCGGGCGCGGACUGCCGCUAGGCCCCGGCCCCGCGCCGCCGUGCCCGAGGGGAGCCCCGCCGCCGCCGCCGCCGCGGAGGGAGCCCGCUGCCCUGUCCCGCCGCCCCGGGGAGAGGGACCGGAGCCGCGGCGCGGAAACCCCGCCGGCCCCUGCGGGAAGCGGCGGCCCCGGCGCGCAGGACCGCGGAGCGCCCCCACCCCCCGCGCCGCUCCCCCUUUGAAAACUGAUCUUUGGCUCUUCGCGUGAAAGUGAUUUGAAUUUGGCUCGGCGGCGCUCUGCGCAGGCGUCCAGCUGCUGGCAUGCUGGCUCCUUGCAAAGCAGCUGUUUUGGGUUUGAAAUUCCAACAUGGCAGAGGCUGCAGUCAGUCUUCCCUUCAAAAACUUGGAAUGAUUUCAAAUCAUAGGCACCUUCACUUAACCCGAGCCCCCAUUCAUCAGCAAACACAUCGGAUCGAUGCUACUCUAACCUAUCGGGUUCUUGUACCAAAUCUCCAGGUUAAAUGAAUACCUGACGAAAGGGCCCACGUUUCAAGGCAGUGACAUUUGAUAGCUGAGAGGAAAAGUGGCUUUAAUGAAAAGCAACCUUUGGAAUUCCUGCUUGUGAAAAAUCCAAUUCAGCUUUUUGUGCUGCCAGCAAGAAAUGAUCAGUAGCACCAGUGUUUAUGGUUUCUUGGCAGAUGAAGAGAAAGGGAAAGUUGGAGGAUGAUUUUGAAUGAAUGAGGAUGAAGAUGACCUGUUAGCCUUAAAGCUUGUAUGAGGUAGUCGGAACACGAAGAGCUGUGAAGUAGGCUUGAAGAUGCAGUGGACGCCGGAGCAUGCCCAGUGGCCAGAACAGCACUUCGAUAUCACUUCAACCACCCGGUCCCCAGCCCACAAGGUGGAAGCCUACCGGGGGCACCUGCAGCGCACGUACCAGUACGCCUGGGCCAACGACGACAUCUCGGCUCUGACCGCCUCCAACCUUCUGAAAAAGUAUGCAGAAAAAUAUUCCGGGAUUUUGGAAGGCCCAGCUGAGCGACCCAUUCUCAGCAAUUACUCUGAAGCUCCCUCAGGGCUGGUGAAUGGUCGGAAGAAUGAAAGUGAGCCUUGGCAGCCAUCCUUGAACUCGGAGAGCGUGUAUCCCAUGAACUGUGUCCCAGAUGUCAUCACCGCCAGUAAAGCUGGGGUAAGUGCAGCCCUCCCUCCCGCAGAUGUCUCAGCCAGCAUCGGGAGCUCUCCUGGGGUGGCCAGUAACCUGGCUGAACCCAGUUACUCCAGCAGCACCUGUGGAAGUCACACCGUUCCCAGUCUUCAUUCAGGGCUCCCAUCUCAGGAAUAUGCCACAGGAUACAAUGGCUCAUAUUUGCAUACCAGUUACAGCGGCCAGCCAGCACCUGCACUUCCAUCCCCUCAUCCAUCCCCCUUGCACAGCUCGGGACUUUUACAGCCCCCACCACCGCCACCACCACCAGCCCUUGUCCCUGGCUACAACGGGACCUCCAAUCUCUCCAGUUACAGCUACCCUUCCGCCAGUUAUCCUCCUCAAACUGCUGUUGGCCCUGGGUACAGCCCUGGGGGUGCCCCGCCACCCUCGGCUUACCUGCCUUCAGGAAUUCCUGCUCCAACCCCUCUGCCCCCAACCACUGUUCCCAGCUACUCCUACCAGGGCCACGGUCUGACGCCAAUCGCACCGUCUGCCCUGACAAACAGUUCAGCCAGCUCUCUCAAAAGGAAAGCUUUCUACAUGGCAGGGCAAGGAGAAAUGGACUCCAGUUAUGGAAAUUACAGCUAUGGCCAACAGAGAUCUACACAGAGUCCAAUGUAUCGAAUGCCAGACAACAGCAUUUCAAAUGCAAACAGAGGGAAUGGUUUUGACAGAAGUGCUGAAACAUCAUCCUUAGCAUUUAAGCCAACAAAGCAGCUAAUGUCCUCUGAACAGCAAAGGAAAUUCAGUAGCCAGUCCAGUAGGGCUCUAACACCCCCAUCCUAUAGUACUCCUAAAAACUCACUGGGUUCGAGAUCAAGUGACUCGUUUGGGAAGUAUAGCUCCCCAGUAAUGAGUGAGCAUGGUGACGAGCACAGGCAGCUCCUCCCUCACCCAAUGCAAGGCCCGGGACUUCGUGCAGCUACCUCAUCCAACCACUCUGUGGACGAGCAACUGAAGAAUACUGACACACACCUCAUUGACCUUGUUACCAAUGAGAUUAUCAACCAAGGACCUCCUGUGGACUGGAGCGACAUUGCUGGCCUAGAUCUAGUAAAGGCCGUCAUUAAGGAGGAGGUUUUAUGGCCAGUAUUGAGGUCAGAUGCAUUCAAUGGACUGACUGCUCUACCUCGGAGCAUCCUUUUAUUUGGACCUCGGGGAACAGGCAAAACAUUAAUGGGCAGAUGUAUAGCUAGUCAGCUGGGAGCCACGUUUUUCAAAAUCACUGGCUCUGGCCUCGUCACAAAGUGGUUAGGGGAAGGAGAAAAAAUUGUCCAUGCUUCCUUCCUUGUGGCAAGGUGUCGCCAGCCCUCGGUGAUUUUUGUUAGUGACAUUGAUAUGCUCCUUUCCUCUCAAGUGAGUGAAGAACAUAGUCCAGUAAGUCGGAUGAGAACCGAGUUCCUUAUGCAGCUGGACACUGUACUGACUUCUGCUGAGGACCAAAUAGUAGUAAUUUGCGCCACGAGUAAACCAGAAGAAAUUGAUGAAUCUCUUCGAAGGUACUUCAUGAAACGACUUUUAAUCCCACUUCCUGACAGCACAGCGAGACACCAGAUAAUAGUACAACUGCUCUCACAGCACAAUUACUGUCUCAAUGACAAGGAGGUUGCACUGCUUGUCCAGCGCACAGAAGGCUUUUCUGGACUAGAUGUGGCUCACUUGUGUCAGGAAGCCGUGGUGGGCCCACUCCAUGCCAUGCCAGCCACAGACCUUUCAGCCAUUAUGCCCAGCCAGUUGAGGCCAGUUACAUAUCAAGACUUUGAAAAUGCUUUCUGCAAGAUACAGCCUAGCAUAUCUCAAAAAGAGCUUGAUACAUAUGUUGAAUGGAACAAAAUGUUUGGUUGCAGUCAGUAAUGCUACUUAAAAAAAAAGUAAUGAAUGUUGGCACACACAGAAUCUGCUACAUAGGGGUAGAGAACCCUUUUCAGUAGUGUUAAAAUUGCAAAGGGUACUGGGAAGACUACGAUUUACCUUGCCUCUAAAGAGCCAGGGUAUACUUGAAGGAAAAGUGCAUCAAACAAGAGCUGCUGAUCUGAAAAAGCCACACAUGACAGAAAGCGCAUGUUGAUGCUCAGUUCUGUUCAAGCUAGACAAUACUCACCAAGGAGCAAGGUGCAAGUGGGUUGAUUUCAGAAGGACAUGAACCCUGUGUGUUGAUUCCAUUCUGCUGUUCUUGAGAUUUAGUUGCUGUCAAGUGCCUGAAGUGGUGCUUUAUUUUUUGUUUGCCUCACAAUUACAUUGGUGGCAUGUGCUAAUAUAAAGAGCUUUAACUUCAAACAUUAUUGGACUAAAGAGAUGAACGGUUGUGUUGCGACAGAGAGCCAGAUUUUUGCUAUUCUAAGAGCAACAGUAUUCCUCAAUCCUGUCUGUUCUGUGGUGUUAAACUAAGAACAGGUAAAACAGGGUAAUGAUAAUCUGGACCUUAAUUUCUGCAGUUCAUUUCUUUUAAUGUUCUGUCUGCAAAAACUCAGGAAAGUGAUUGUGAUUUGUACAGUACCUCAAAGGAAUGUGUUGAAAGCACUAUGUACUGCUGAGAGUUAUAGGCUAGGCUUCAAUGUUACUUUAUAUUAAAUAUGUAUGUUUACCUCAACAAUUGGAAUAUGGCAAGGAAAAUUACUUUGAAUGUAUCCAGGAAAAAACUAAAGCGUAAUAUGACUGAAGCUUUACAGUUUUUAAAAUUAGAAACAGAAGCAUUUCCCAGUGUUCAAGAAUGGUUCUUUUGCCAAUUUCUCACAUCAAACCAGAGCAGAAUGAUUUUUCUUGUUGGUAAACUGUAAGAGUUUUCAGCAUAUUACUCCUUGAUAAUAAGGUGAUACAGUCUUUAGAAGGUGCAUAGAUGAAUGAAAGAGCCACUUAAUUGGUUUAUGUUAGCAUCUGAAACAGUCAAACGGAAGAUUUGGUAGGAUUCCGAGAGGCAAAUUACCUUAAGCUGUGAUGGCUGGCCUUUGUUGCAUGGCUCUAGUCAUAGUUUUGAGGCUAUUUUGGUGAAGCUGUAGGGAGUGGAAUCAGUGUAGGUUGCUGGCAGAGCUAUGGGUUGCAGAGCUGUUUAUAGCAGUGCAGUGGACUGUGACCAAACAAACAGUACAAAUAACAAAGCAAAACUGAACCCUCAAAGUACAUUUACUUCCCUUCCCAAACUGUAAAGUUGAGUUUUUGUUGUGUACGUAUGGCUUCAUUGUCCUUAAUGCAAUCUUCAUUUAGCAUCCAUUAGAAAUCUUUCAGGCUGGAGUGUGCCCACCAUUAUUUCUACCUCAGUUUUGUUACAUUUCUCUUGGAAAGCAAAGUAAGGAAUAGGGCAAAAACCACCACCAACACAAGUCAGAUUACAUUAGGAAUGCAAACCUGCUAAACAAGUUUCAGAGAGCUGCUGUUUUUUCCCCUGAAGUCAAGUUUUUCUCUGUGUUAGUGCUCUUUCCCCCUUCCUUUUUCCUCCCCCAAAUAUACAUAUUCUGGUGUCUUCCUUCUGGAAAGACAAGCUGGCAUGUGUGGCAUUUUGCUCAGUUCUCCCCCACCCCGCCCCCCUUUCUUUUUAUCCUUUAAUGCUUUCCAUGCAACUCUUUUGGUGACAGCUGACUGAUGUUGGGUAAUAUCUCUGAGCAAGAGCAGUGCAUGUUGCAGCUGCCCAAAGCCUCUGCCAUCACACGAACAAAACAGCCUUGCUUUUUUGAAUGUAUUUUUUUGUUUGUUUACUUUUAGGAAACAGUAACAAAACUGUUGCAAAGCACUGGCAUUUAAUGUUUCUCUUAAGUAAUGUACGUCAAGACCAUUAAAUAAAUGCACUGAAAAGCCCCAAGAAGAGAGAUACCAAUCUGUUACUAGGUCAUGUUUGUCUUCUCAAAAAUUGUACAGACCUUGUCCGUUCUGUUAAAUCAAUGGAGACGUUUAGCGUUCAGAAAGCUAAUGAGGGAUUUUGUGAUAUUGCUGGAAAUUUAUGACUCUUGAUUAUUACUUUUCUUUAUUUUUCUUUUAAGAUAUAUAUAUAUAUAUAUUUAGAUAGAACAUGCUAAAAACAGAGCAAAUAAACCAAAAUCUAAUUUAAGAUGGAUUCCUGGCAAACAUUUUGUCUAUCUAAAACGUUAUGUUUUAAGCAUAAAAGUACCAUUUUAAAAACAGUGCCUUUCAUUAAGGAUAUAGAAAGUAAGACUUAGGUACAUCACCUGCUUUUCUUCUUCUUUUUUUUUUUUUUUUUAAUUCCUUUUCAACAGCAAUUACAGUCUAUGAUCCUUGUUAUGACCCAGUCUUUCUGCUUCCCCAAACCUCCACAGGCUGCUUCUUCACCCAGGUCAUUCCACCAUACUCAUAUUUGGGAGAUGCUGAUGUCCCCAUUAGCUGUAGGUUCACACUGAUCACCCUGGCAAGUACACUGUUGCAGAUUGCUGACCCAAUUUCUGUCUUAGACAUUGCCUUUCAUAUCUGCUCUUGAGCUGUGCUCAUUUAAAAGGCUCAGAUAAGUUUUGAUAAACUCUUUCUCCCAAUGAUACUCCUAACAGAUUUUUGCAGCUUGUAAAAUGAAAACUACGCACAGUGUUUUUUUCCUGCUCUUUUUAUCCUGUAGCAAAACCAAAAGCAAACAAAUUUAUAGACAGUCCCUUUAGCUUCCAGCUUUAAGUCAUUCUCUUUGAAAAGUCACUCUGGGAAAUGGAUUUUUCAAAUGUUAACCAAAGUGAGAAGCAGGCAGAAACUGAAAUGGUGUGAAAGAUGCAGGUUCCACACACACAUGCUCACGUUGUCCAGGUCUCAAUUCAGCUUUGAGGCAGCAGAAGUGCAAAACUUCACCCCAUCAUAGCUGCUGUAAGAGGAGGAAAACAGAGCCAGAUUGUUACCCAAAUCUUUCCUUAUCAGCAGCUGUCCUUGGUAUAGUUUUGGGAGGGUGCCUGUUGAAUUUGGUGAGAGCUUGGCCAGGAACUGCUAACAGGAGGUAUCUCAACCCUUCUUCAAGCUUGGUUUCUGGCCAGUCCUUUGAUGGAAUUCAGGCCCAAGCUGGCUAAAUCCCCUGCUGUGUCCUGUUCUUCUUAUUGCUUUCCUUCCUUCUCCCCCACAUUCAGCCCUUCUUUUGUCCCUAGCAAGCAGGUUUUGGCAGGCUGCUGGUCCUUCACCCUUCUCAGCAGCCCUCUAGUCAAAGAGCGUCCGGGAAGGCUGAAGCAUGAUCCUGAACUUGAGUGGGUUCCAAAGGGUAGGAUUGGUUUUGAGAAGAGAGACAAAAUAUGACUUAAUGGUGUUUUCAGGAUGAAAUUUGCUGGUCUUAGACAUUUCCAUGCUAGAAAACUAUUUGUUAUCCUUUACAAUUGGACAAAGCUGGAGGCCGCUGCCACAGAAAUGUCCGAUUGGUUGGCUGGGGCUUCCUGCCACUGAUACAACCCUUAAUUUUAAGGAACCUGAAAUGGUUAAAAAGCAUCUGCUGUGUCAGGCUAUCACUGCAGAUGCUUUACAUCAUGUUUUUAUGUGUGGGUUCCAUUCUGCAUCAGCUCCUUUUCUUCCUUUUUACCUUCAGUAACAAUUCCUAUAGCAACAAAAAUAAAAUAAAUUGGAGGAAUAUUCCUGCAAGCUGAAGGAUCAAUAUCAAUUCAAGGAGGAGUUCAUAAUGACCUUAUGUGAAACAGAAAUGGAAAUACUCUGUAUUUCUGGCAUGUUUCUCUUCAAAAUAUUUAGAACAUUAGUGACAAUAUAUAAAAGUUUGCUGACUGAGCUGAUCAAUGGAAUGUGAAGGCAGUUUACUUUAAGGCUAUUUACUUUCCCAUGGAUUAUUUAUCUAUUAGUCAGUCUGUGUUCUACUCAAAUGCAGAUAGAUGGGCAAAAUGUUUUCUUGAGCAUUACAAACCUACCAAGGGGAAAAUCAACCAUCUGACUAAAAUACAUAGGCCAAACACCAUCUGGGUGUCUUUACCAGCUAUUUGGAGGCUGUGCUCUGCAAAAUGGUACAAGGUCAUAUUUAGGUGGAUUUUCAUAGUAUGUUUCUUUAGGGGAUUGUCUAUUUAAAGAGUAACAAAUUAAUUCCUGCAUCAAGAUGUUAGUACAUUGAAAGAAAAUUUGGGGAUAUGACCAGGGUUUUCACUGUCUACAAAUACAAAUUACUUCAGGUAAAGGGCUGUUCUUAUAAUCCCCCUGCAUUUUUCUCUCAAGCACUCCAUCACGAGGGAAAGUUUAUUACUCAGAUCUGAAGGAUACACUUUGUCACAAAACAAGGCCACCAAAAGUUGUAGGGCCUCCUACACUUUCACUUUCAUCAGUUUGAAGGUGGUAUAACCCUUUUGACUUAAAGGAAUUACUCCUGAUUUCUGCCCUUGUUAGAAAAGUCAUCCCUCCAAUGUAUAAUAAUCUAUAUCUGUUGGUUUUCAUCAUCAGCUCUGAAAGCUAACCUUGUCCUCACAGCACUAACUCCUUUCCAUCUUGUAUGUGUGCAUGUGUGUAUAUAAUAUUUAUAUGUGCAUACACACCAUGUCCAAAAAAUAGCUUUGUUUCUUUACUUAAAAAAAGGAAAAAAAAAAAAAAAAGAAAAGUCAUUUAAUUGUCUGCAGAUUUAUAUGAAGCACAUUAGUAAACAUGGAGAUAUUAGUAUUUCAGAAUUCAAAAAAAGCCCAGCUGUGCUGGUGAAAUAACCAAUACAUGAACUGAAUCUCACACUCUGCAAGGACCUUUGGUUGACAUUCGAUUUUGAACCUGCCAGAUGCAUUUUUGUGAACCAGGGAUACUGCAUCUUUAAUGAACAAGUCUCUAUUCUUUCCCCUGUUUUUAAAUACAACACAAGCAGUGUAGCACUAGGCACUGCAAUUGUCAAAGACAAUUAGACUGAAAGCAGGAAAAUUUCACCUCCCUGUCUCAGUGAUAUGUAGAAUGUCGGCAGUAUGGGUCAGCCUUGCCACAGAGUUGUGUGAGAAUAUAUGAAUCAGUCCUAUAGAAUGUUAAAUAUUUAUAAAAUGGUUCUGUACUACACCAAGGUUGGGAGCACAUUCAUUCCUUCUUGUUGUUUUAUAAUAGAAAAAGAAGCAAAAGUUUAUUUCUAAACCUAAACUUUGUGUGGUUCAUUUUUCUUUUUUUUUCUUUUAGUUUUGCUUUUGUUCUUGUGGUUUAUAUGCGGUUGCUAGAGGCUUUUCAUUUCCUUUUUAAAAAUAUUUUUCAUCAGAUGUGCGUUCAGACAUUUGUUCUUUAAAACCAUUUCUACCUCAUUGCUACAUAUUGUACAUGUAGUAUUUAUUUGUUGUCUUUUUUUGAAUGUCAUGCAUUUCGUAAGAAAAAGACUUGUCCUUGAACUUGAACAGUCUACCUCAGAAAGACUGUCUUUACACUGAACAGUAUUAACAACCUAAACGAUAAGACGCAUUAGCGAAGUGUGGCAGGGUAGAUAAUGCACGAGUACUUGGGAUACUGAUGGACUUUUAAUUGUACUCAUAACACAAGACUGCUUAAAGGAACUUAAAGGAAAUUAUGCACUGUGUAGGUCUUCAUCAAGGUCCCAUUUUGGCAUGCUAUAUAAAAAAAUGCAGCUUUAUUCUGAUGUACCCUUCUUGAGAAAAUUGGUUGUAGUUUUCAAGCAUUCUUUUGCCUUGGCAAUCUGGCUACAUUUAAAAAGAAAAGAAAAACAAAAGAAACAGCUUUUCUGUAUUGACUGGCACAUACAGUAUUCAGCUCUUAAAGCAAAUUAUAGUACUUAGAAUUAUUUUCAUCUGCAGUCUUCAAUGAUAUAAAAUGUGUCUCACACUGUAAUUCUAUGACUCCCUGUAUGAUUAAUGAAAACAAACUGCAGUUGUAAGAGUCUGUGCAAGGUUUGUCAAACCAAAAAUCAAAAAGGCACUUCCCAAAGGAUUUAACACAUAUGGAGUCAUGGUGCUCACAAGUUCUCUAAUCAUAAGUAUUUUUAUUGCUGAUUCUGCUUUUUAAACAUGUAUUUGCUUUUUGAAAUAUUGUACAACUAAUGGCACAUUGAAUUACUUUGUAUGAAGUAUUUUAUAUUUUAAUAUUUAUUUUAGCAUCAGGUCUUUUGGUUUGGUUUUUUUUUUUUUUUUGUUCCAUUUUGGUUCUUCUUCACCAGCUCUGCAUUACUGUAAGAAAAGAACAUUUAGAUUUUAAAAAAUGCUGAAAAGGUAAC